AAGGAGGAGAGAGAGAGAAGGGAGAGAGACGGGUGGGCAGGGUGCUCACCGUAAAGGAUGGUUGUCGGAAAGAGUCUUGAAGACCUAAUGAAACUGGCUGCUUGAAUUGUUUGCAGCGAUAAUAGAGCUCAGUGGUGUGCUUUGCGUUUCUCGGAUCCUUGGACGGAAAAAGAACUGCAGUAGCAUCCUGAUAAAGAAGAAAAAGAACAGUUAGGGACAAAAAGAGGUGGACUUGCUCAGUAUCUUUGAUUUUUGCAUCGUUUUUUCAUCCUUCAUUUUUUUUCUUCAGUAGCCUGAGCCUUGUUUUUUUCCUUCCACAUCUGCAGCACGUAACUCUUUCCCGGCGCACCGGGCUGUUUGGUGCUCAACGAAAGACCGACCUCCCGUUUGGACCCAGUACCGUCCUCCCACACUCCUCUGGCGGGUUCACAAGCAGCAGUUCCCGGCAUUUGCUGGGAUGUUUGAGUCGCGUUGGUUGGUGGGGUGAAGGGACCGAGAGUGUGGCCGGAGAGACCAAAGGAUCGGAGGCCGAGAGAGGAGCCGAGAGCAUGGCUCUGGUAGCGCUGUCUCUCUGGGUGCUAAUAAGUCUCACCUGGGCGAACCUGCUCCAGGUGUCAGCCAACAGGCAUACCGUUUACUGGAACAGCUCUAACAUACAUCUGCGUAGGGAGGGCUACACAAUGCAGGUGAACGUCAACGACUACCUGGACAUCUAUUGCCCUCAUUACAACGACAGCCAGCGCAUGGUGGGCACCGGAGAGCAGUACGUCCUCUACAUGGUCAGCUACCGCGGUUACAGGAGCUGUGAUCCCCAGAUGGGCUUCAAGCGGUGGGAGUGUAACCGGCCUCACGCCCCCCACGCGCCCAUCAAGUUCUCCGAGAAGUUCCAGCGCUACAGCGCCUUCUCGCUGGGCUACGAGUUCCACGUCGGCCAGGAGUAUUACUACAUCUCCACGCCCACUCAUCACCACGGACGCGCCUGUCUGAGACUACGAGUGUACGUCUGCUGCUCCACGGCUUCUGAUGUGGAUGAUGAGCCAGGGCCUACAGAUGGAGUCUACACGCUUAGACCAGGCCUAAAAAUUGAUGAGCUUGCUGAAUUUAAUCCUGUUAUUCCCAAGCUGGAGAAGAGCGUCAGUGGAAGCAGCCCAUCCAGGGAUCGCCUUCUUCUCACCGUGACGAUGCUCUUUUUGGCCGCUCUCUGCAUCUCCUAGCAACGGCCAUCCCAUUAGCGUCACCAUGCCAACUAGCCUUGGGAAGGUGUACAAUAUCGGAGGAGAGGAUAGGAGAGGAGAGGCAAAUAGAGCAGAAAGCAAGAGGAGCAAGACUUUGAAAUUAGAGUUUGGAAGAAUCACAAUGUGUGUGUGUGUGGGGGGGGAGUGCGUGUGUCUUUGUGUGCGUGCGUGCAUGUGUGUGUCUGUGUGUGUACAGCUGUGUGUUUGAGGGAGUGUGGUUUUGGCAGAGUACAGGCACCUUCAGACACUUGGUGACACAGACUGAACCAUAUCUGGCAUUAAAGUCAGCCUGUGCCCACAGGUGCAGGUGGGGGUAGACUGUUUGUGAGUGUGUGUUUUUCUGUUUCUGUGUGGGUGUGUGUGAAUGUGUGUGUGUGUGUGCAUGAGCAGGCCAAACGUUGAGCUUGUUGAAUCCUGCACACCACACAAAGCAUUUAUUCCACAGGUGAGGUGGAGCUCAAAUCCUAAUAAAAAGAUGAAAUCCAACCACCAAACUGAAACCUAUUUGAAGACUUUCCCUUGGAUCUGAUUGGCUGUAAGAAUCCUUAAGUCUAGUUGCCAUAGUUUCUUGCAACAAAUAGAACUGAAAUGAACUGAUUCAUAUAGAUUUCAGCGGUACUGAACUGAAAUUGCCUUUUUGUUGUUCUUGUUGUUGUUUAUCUUGAUGCUGGGAGCUUUUCCCAGCACACAGAGGAAAAAAAAAUGGAGCCAGCUGAUGAACUAUGUUGGCCCCAUGUAGUCAAAGUAGCCGGUAGUUCAUACACAGAUAGACCCUGGGACUCCAGACCACCAGUGUUUCAGUUGCCAUUUCCACUAUGCUGUGUCAUUCUGUGUUCACCAUCAGCGCUCAGAAGGCAAAAGGACAGAAAGGGGUCAUGGGAAAAUACAAAGCAUUUAAAUGUCGACUCACCAUUUUGAGGAAAAGAUAGAAGAGGGGGAAAGGAACCUGAAUAUGUGGCAUUGACAGACAGUGCAAGGGUUUGUGGACGUUAGAAGUUGCUGUGCUACUUUUCUGUCUUUUCCUUGAAGUACUCAGUUCGUCCUCUGCCAGCUCCGAGGUUAAUGAAGCACACGAUGGCCAUCGAGCAGCCAUGGAUACACUCAGCAAUACUACGCUCCUCACAAGCGACUGCAAGCUGUUCAGAGGAGAGGAAGGGGAACCCGGAGGAGGGGACGAGAGAGGAGGAGCAGUCACUCACACGAGCAUCAAUAAAUAGGUCCUGUCCAAGCCAUGUUGGUUUAGCGGCCUGCUCUACCAACCCUGUUCUCUGUACGCCCAUAUGUCAGUUGCCACAUUUGCGUUUCUGUUUGAGUGUGUUUUAUGCGUGCCCGAGUGGGGAAAAAACAAAACCAUUUCGAGUGUGCUGUUUGUCUGUGUUUGAGAGCGAGAGAGAGACUAUUUUAAAAGGUACUAACAGCCUAAAAAAAUACAUACAUCCACAUACUGUACAUCUUAUAAGUAUGAAAACGCAAAAAAAAAAAAAAAAAAAA